AUGAGCAUGGAUGACAACGAACAGCAGCGGCUGUCUGCUCUGGAGACCAGCAUACAGAACAUCGAGGCCGUACUCACCCGCCUCAUCUCUCAACAACAACAACCCCCUGCCCCUGCCCCUGCCCCUGCUCCAGCUCCGGCAGUGGGUCCAGGUGUUCCUACUGGCGCCAGCCCUGCGCGCCCCCUUAUCCGCCCGAAUCCCCCCUUCUCCUUCGAUGGGGAUCGCACCCUGGGCAAGAGCUUCUUGCAUUCAGUGAAGCAGUACUGGCGUCUGCUUCCUGAGGCGUUCUUCGUGAAUGGGGCAGUCUCGGAAGAAAAGGUAGUCCGCUUCGCCCUGUCCUACAUGUCCAAGGACUCCGCGGCCUCCUGGUCCGAGCGCAUGUCCGAGCGCACUCCAUUCCCGUUCCCUACUUGGGCUCUCUUCGUCACCGAGUUCAAGCUCCGAUUCGUCGAGGAGAACGAGCAAGACCACGCCCUGGCGCGACUGGAGACCCAUCUGUAUUAUAUGGGCUCCCGUGACGUGUUCAAGUACACGGACGAAUACGACGACCUCCUUGAUCUCGCCGGCUAUACCGACGAUCUGGUCAAGGUGACCAAAUAUAGGACGGGCCUGGAUCCGAAGAUCAACCAGGCUAUCACCACCUCUGGCAACCCUCCCAGGCUUACUGACUACGCCGAGUGGCGUGUCCGUGCGUUCCGGCAGUACAAUGCGGAACAAGCUGCCAAGGCGUCUCGAGGCCACGUCCCUCCCCCCCGAGCGCCUCCUAUCGUCCCUCGUCCUCGUGCCCCGGUGCUCCCUGCUGUAGCACCGGCAAUUGCUGCUCGCCCGGCGCCGGCUCCUGUUGCCCACCCCAUCCCCAUGGAGUUGGAUCGGACCCGGCUCCGCGGUGACGUUCGCCGCACCUGCUUCCGCUGCGGCAGUCCGGGCCAUCUUGCCCCUGGGGAGUGA